CACGCAUCGAGCGUGAUACAACGGGUCGCCUCCGUAGAUUGAAACUCAUCUGGAGUAUCCAGUUCGUCCGGUUUUGAUAACAUUCAGUUCGAAAACAAACAGAGCAAGAUGAGAGCGGUUUUAGUAUUACUAGCGAUCUACGCUCUAGGUAUGUGUCUUGCCAAUCCUAUCGAGAAGCUCGACAAAAUCAGCGUUAUCGAGCAGCAGUCUGUGACAAUGACAGAUCGAGCGAAAUACGAGGAGGAGCUGCUUCGAAAAUUGAACAACAAGUGUUCGCAAAACGAUAUUAGUAGCUGCGUUAUGUUGAAGCUUGUAACGUAUAUGAACAAGCUAUUGAAAAAGGCCUCCAUUGAGUUAACCGAUGACAUUGAAAUUAGAAAGACCAGUCAAGCUACGGAAGAGGUUAUCACAUACGAAGCAGGCAGAAGUACGGACGAGGAAACGGAAGUACUUAAUCUCGUGGUCAACAAAGUCUACGCUUUCGUCAAAUCCAGGAGCAUCAAGUGGAGAAUCCUUCCAGAAGAUAAUGUCGUCGUGUCUGCUUCCGAGGACAAAAAUGGAUCUCUCAAUCUUGGCCUUUCUAUCGAACGCGCGGACAAUGCACCCGUUCAAGACGGUCGUGGUAAGAAAAAUAACAACAUGGGUCCACUGAUGGCAGCAGCUGUAUUGAAGAUCGGUGUGAUCGCUGGUUUGGCCUUUAAAGCUUUGGCAUUGUUGGUCGGUAAAGCUCUCUUGCUUUCGAAGAUUGCUUUACUCUUGGCCAGUAUUAUCGGCCUGAAGAAGCUCUUCUCGCAACAGAAGCACGUGACGUACGAAGUUGUCGCUCAUCCACAUCACUCCUCGAGUCACACUUACAGUUCCGAUCAUGGACACGGUGAUAGCUACUCGAGCGGAUGGGCAAGAAAUUUUCAUGGGCAGACAUCGAUUUCUGGCCAAGGAGACGCUCACGAUUUGGCCUACUCCGCUCACGCUAAAUAAAAAAGAUAAGAUAGAAGACGAGAAGUCAGAAAAAUAUGCAGGAUCGAUUAUUCGCUCUGUGAAAUCCAUCGUAUCGUUUGUAUUGUCUUCGCGAUCUUAGUAUUAAUUCUUAGAUUUUUACUUUGGUUAUUCUAGGCUUUUCUUUCUCUAUUUUUAUCUUCCUCUU